AUAUAGUCAAGAAUGUAGUGUCAGGUUUAGAUGACACCGUAGAAGGUUUGGUCAAAGGACAGGUGGGCGCCGCUGCAAGUUUUGUUUCGAAUGUGGCACACUCAACUAGGGACGGAGUGUGGGAAGGAGGAGAAUUGGUAACAAAUUUCGUCAAGGACAACGUACAUGCAGACAAAAGAAUAUUGGGAAUUCUCAGGGGAGGAACGAAAGAUUUGUUCAAAGAUAAAAUUGAGAACGUCAACCAUGUUGUAGGAACAUCGAAAAACAUUGUGUCAGGUGCAAUCCAUGGAGUCGGGCAUAUUGUUGCAGCGCCUUUCAGAAAAGUUAGAGGUGGUAUCCACGGCGCUGGACACAUCCUGGAAGAUAUUUUGAAGUUUCCUAUAAAAACAGUUAAAUAUGUUGCCAGUGGCGCCGAAAAUGCUGUGAAAAAGGUUCUAAAAGGAACUAAACAUGUCGUGAAGGGAACAACUCAUAUCGUCAAAAGAGAUGUGGAACCGAAGGAGGCACUUCAAGAUAUUGCGGAAGCAGUGGAAGAUUACAUCAUACCUCUUGGAAAAGACACUUUACAAAUUGGAGGUGAUGUGGGGAGUUUAAUUGUAGAUGCAGCUAAACCUAUGACAAAAGCGUUGUCAGGAGCUGUUGGGAAAAAAAGCGAUUCCUCUGAAGAAGAAGAUAAAAAAGGUUCGUUGACAAGAGCUAUCGAGAAAAAAAAGGAUUCCUCUGAAGAAGACGAUAAAGAAGGAACGAGUCACAUAAUCCAACCCAUUGUCAAAGAAGCUGGAAAAAUGAUAGUUAGUGCUAUGACUGGAUAGAUUUGAUUCAAGAAGAUAUAUAUCACGGAUAAUCACGAUGAAAAUGGUGAAAUGCAGUCAUAUAUAUACAGUACGUUAAUUUGGGAAUAAUUUUAAUUUUUUCUUUCAACGAAGCAAUUGUCACAAGUUGUUAAUAAAAGUUAUACUUAUCAA